AACAGUAUGUUUCAAGUAUAUACUUUAAGAUCAUAUGCAUCAAGAAAUCUCGCACCUAAGAAGUUUUCCUCUGCGCAUGGUUGUAAACGCAGAGUGUCCGGAAGUAGACCGUGCGUAUGUUUGUGUGUGGAGCAGGUUGGCGUGAUCGCCGUGUCUACCCGGUUUGUUUUUGUUCUCUAACAAAGUGGGAGUCAUAGAGCAGCGGUCGGCUCUCAAGUGGAGGACUGGCACCCUCGUUGCGUCUUUGUUUUUGUUUACAGUAGCUCUGUUUCUGUUUUAACACCACAAAAUGGGUCCUGGUUAGGAUUUUUGGAAAUAAAUAAGAAUUAAUUUUUAGGAGGCGCGCUGAUGCGGCUCAGGGGCGAUCGGCGGCCCGCUGCCGUGUGUGAAGCCUGGGGCUGAAUUUAAGCUGCAGUCGCCGCGGCUCCGCUGACGGAGGAAAGGACACGCCGCUCUGACUCCUCAUUACAGAAGACCAACGAAACAAAGUAAGAUUUCGUGUAAACAACCGUUGUCUUAUCCAGUCUCCCUCUGAUUCUCUUCUGGGAGGGCUCUCACUUGAAACGCCGCCAAGAUAGCUGGACCGGGCAGGAAACGGCACAGCUCAGAUCCAGACCCCUGUGGAAGCAGCUCCAGCAGCGGGAGCGAGGUAGGAGACAGCCGACCCAUUAGCGGCAAGUGGCUGAAGAUGGCCAGCAGCAGUACAGGCCCCAGCGAAUCGGGCCGGAGGCGAGGUCAGAGAGGACCUGACGACGCAGUCAGCACCAGUAAGAAGAAGCAGAAGGACAGAGCCAACCAGGAGAGCAAGGAGGCCAAGCGAGCCGCCUCAGCCACCAGCUCAGAGACUAGAAAAGAUUUGUUUCUGGACUGGAAGCAGAAUGUGUACGAGGUGAUAGUGAGGCUGAACUGUGAAGAUGCUGGGGUGCAGAGAGUGGAAGAUAUUGAUUAUGCCUUUUCUGAUUCUGCCUGCCACAUCCGCCUGCCGGAUGGCCGUGAAUGGAGCUGUAAUCUCCAUGAAGAAAUUGAAGCCUCCUGCAGUAAACUGCUUUAUAAGGAGAAAACAAAUGUUCUGCAGCUAGUCAUGCACAAGAAGAUCCCCCUCAACACAUGGCCCACCUUUGCUAACAAGAAAAAGACAGAAAUAGUGAACAUCCUUAGAGAGUCAGACCAGUCAACUACAGGGCAGUCUGAAAAAACUGCCGAAAUCAUUGAGAAAAUGCCUGCAGUGACCUCUGCCGAGCAGAAACGAGGUAAACCUGACCGAGGGUUGAAACGAGGGAUGAAAGGCAAACAGGUGGAGCUCACCGAGAGCACAGGUGUGAAGGUAGCUGAGAUUAAAUCUAGCGAUAAAGCAGACCCGAUCAAUGAGCCCAGCGCAAAGCGCACCACGCGACCCUCCAGAAACGCAAAAGAGCCCCCAGUAGCUCCCUGCUCGACAAAGGAGUCUAAAUCCAAACCAGCAGUUAAUGGAAAAACACACGCUUUAGCCGGGAGCAGUAGUGCCUCUUCAACUAGCACUGCAAAAGACAACAGGGUUCAGAUGCAGGUUAAAGGUCAAGGAUGCCAGGCAUCACCGAGAGAAGAAGAGCUGGACAGGAGGCCAAAAAGCAACGAUCAGGUUGAGGCAGGUGAAAGUAAGACUGUUUCCUCAGUGUGUGAGCUGAAGGUGGUGCAAGAGGAGAGUUCUCCUCCAGUGAAAACCCAAACUGGAAAAAUAACAUCUGAUGAGAGAGAAAACAGAAAAGAUGAAAAGAAGCCACAUGCUGAUGCCCAGAUCCCUAAAAUGCUUCCAUCUCAUGAUUUGGUAUCUGGCGAGCCUGUUUCAACAGCCUCUAAGAAAGAGGAGUCUCCUCAAAAGAGCUGCACAGAGGAGAAGAGAGACAAGUCCAAGGAGGAUCCACAUGGAGGGAGCCAAGAGGAGGAUACAGAAGGUCCGGAGCCGAUGGUGAACUUGAAGUUUGUGAAGAAUGACUCGUAUGAGAAAGGGACAGACCUGAUGGUCGUUAAUGUCUACAUGAAAGAAAUCUGCCGGCAGAUGUCCAGGGUGCUGUUCAGAGAACAAGACUUCACUCUUAUCUUCCAGACCAGUGAUCCCAACUUUUUGCGCCUUCAUCCGGAUUGCGGACCAAACACUGUCUUUAAAUGGCAGGUUAAACUCAGGAAUCUAAUUCAGCCAGAUCUGUCCAGCUAUGCCUUCACUCCGUCCCGUAUCGACAUAACCCUGAAGAAAAGACUCAGUCAGCGCUGGGGGGGUCUGGAGGCUCCUGCCACACAAGGUGCAGUGGGGGGCGCCAAAGUUGCUGUGCCCUUCAGCCCUUCCACGCUUGAAAAGAGCCAACCAGGAAGCAGCCAACAUGCACUUCCUGCUAAAGAAGAACCACGAGUGGGAGAGGAGAAAGCCAAACCCCCUCGGGCCCCAGAGGACUCGGGUCUGGAUGCCGUGGCCCCUCGCUCAGUCUCCGAACACAUGUCCCUCAAACAAGAACCAACUGUUGCUACGCCCAAGCCCACCUGCAUGGUGCAGCCCAUGACUCACACUCCUCCUGCAGGCAGUGAGAGAGCUGAAGAAGUGGAGGAGAAGAAAGUGUGUCUCCCUGGCUUCACUGGACUGGUCAAUCUGGGAAAUACUUGUUUUAUGAACAGUGUGAUCCAGUCCCUCUCCAACACACGGGAGCUCAGGGAUUAUUUCCAUGACCGUGGGUUUGAGUCAGAGAUUAACUGUAAUAAUCCAUUGGGCACCGGUGGACGGCUGGCCAUUAGCUUUGCUGUUCUGCUUCGAGCGUUGUGGAAGGGCACUCACCACGCAUUUCAACCCUCCAAAUUAAAGGCUAUAGUUGCCAGUAAGGCCAGUCAGUUUACAGGCUAUGCGCAGCAUGAUGCUCAGGAGUUCAUGGCUUUCUUGCUGGAUGGGCUGCAUGAAGACCUGAACCGCAUCCAAAACAAACCGUACACAGAGACCGUUGACUCAGACGGCCGUCAGGAUGAAGUUGUUGCAGAAGAGGCGUGGCAGAGGCAUAAAAUGAGGAACGAUUCCUUCAUUGUUGACCUCUUUCAGGGCCAGUACAAGUCAAAGCUGGUGUGUCCCGUGUGUUCUAAGGUUUCCAUAACCUUUGACCCCUUCCUGUACUUGCCUGUCCCCCUACCUCAAAAGCAGAAGGUGCUGACUGUUUUCUAUUUCGCUAAAGAUCCCCACAAGAAACCAGUCAAGUUUUUGGUCAGUGUGAGUAAAGACAGCGCGAACACGACUGAAGUACUGGAGUCAGUAUCUCGCAGUGUGAGGAACAAACCAGAGAACCUGAGGCUGGCGGGGGUGGUGAAGAACAGGUUCCAAACAAUCUUCUCACCGUCUCAGGCUUUAGACACGGUCUCGUCUUGUGACCUGCUCUUCUGCUUUGAGGUGUUGUCAAAAGAUCUUGCCAAAGAGAGAGUGGUGCUGCUGAAGGUCCAACAGAGACCUCAGGUUCCAAGCAUCCCAAUCACAAAGUGUGCUGGCUGCAUGAAGUCUCCCGCCCCUGACGAUGAGAAGCUCAAGCGCUGUACUCGCUGUUACCGCGUCGGCUACUGCAAUCAGGCCUGCCAGAAGAACCACUGGCCCAAUCACAUGACCACGUGCCGGUCCAAUGUGGAGAAUAUUGGACUGCCGUUUUUAAUUAGUGUGCCUGAGUCUAGGCUGACUUACACCCGUCUGACACAGCUUCUGGAAGGCUACUCUAGGUACUCUGUCAAUGUGUUCCAGCCACCUUUCCAGUCGGGUCGGACGUCUCCAGAGGCAAGCCUGUCCCGUGUUGACCUGACCCCCAUGGCAAGCAGCGUCUCAGAUUGUCAGGAGCAAGAGGAGGAGCCGUCAUCUGCGGUAGAAGCGGAAAGCCAGGCGGAGCAGGGUGACUCUGGCACAACACCACAAAUAGAGACCGCGUCUGUGAUCUCCGCAGCAGGUGGGGACACUCUCUCCAGUGACUCAGGCUGCUGUGAGCUCGCCUCCAGCUCCCAAGAUUCUUUGGUGGAGAAAGAAACAUCAUGUGAAAAGGCUAUUAAACCAGAAGCUGUAGUGACCGGGUAUCAGCAGCCGUCUGAGUCAGCGACUGGAAGCGUGUCUCAAUUCUACAUCACAGUUCUGGACUCGAGCCAAAAGGAGGACAGAAAACUUGAGGACAAAGGUGAUGCGGUACUGGAGCUGCCUGAUGACUGCACGCUGGAGCUGGUGUGGAAGAACAACGAGAAGCAGAAGGAAUACGUGCUGGUGCGCUCUAAAGAGCUGGAGUUUGAUGAGGACCCUGGCUCUGCUACAGAGACAUCCAGGGCAGGCCACUUCACCUUGGAGCAGUGCCUGAACCUCUUUACUAAACCUGAGGUGCUGGCCCCUGAAGAGGCAUGGUAUUGUCCUAAGUGUCAGCAACACAGGGAAGCCUCUAAACAGCUGCUGCUUUGGCGUCUUCCCAAUGUGCUCAUCAUCCAGCUCAAGCGCUUUUCGUUUAGGAGCUUCAUAUGGAGGGACAAGAUUAAUGAUAUGGUUGAUUUUCCAGUCAGAAACCUGGACCUGAGUAAGUUCUGUAUUGGUCAUAAGGGUGACAUCCAGCAGCCUCCCAUCUAUGAUCUGUACGCUGUGAUCAACCAUUAUGGCGGAAUGAUCGGAGGACACUACACGGCCUACGCUCGUCUUCCCAGCGACAAGAACAGCCAGCGCAGCGACGUUGGCUGGCGUUUGUUUGAUGAUAGCACAGUGACAACGGUGGAAGAGAGUCAGGUGGUUACGCGUUACGCCUACGUGCUGUUCUAUCGCCGCAGGAACUCUCCGGUAGAAAGGCCGUCUCACUUACUGGGGCCCCUUGGUGCCGAAUCCUCUGCUGCAACCGGAGGUGCUGCCAGUCAGGCGUCUCUGAUAUGGCAGGAACUGGAGGAGGAUGAGGAGGGGCAGCGAGAGGCCUCUUUUCGGAGUCUGUUCCGCCCCGGUCUGCGUGGAAGAAGUGCCAGGACGAGGCCGGAGGAAGAAGAGGAGGGCAGGGGAGGGCAUUCUCACCACAGACGAGAGCACAUCUCAGAUUACUCUGAUGGCGAGCGUCUGAGAUAUUUCAUCAUGGGCACUGUGGCGGCAGUCCUAGCCUUGCUGUUCAACCUCAUCUAUCCUUUGUUAUACUGGUCCAACUGGGUUUAAUUUGCUAGUCACCGCAGCUGCAGACCCUCAGCAAAAAGUGCAGAUUUGCACUUUGCAUUUUACUUUGCAUUGUACUGUUAGUCAUCACUCUUCUCUUGGCAACUUCAAUGUUAUAUAGCUUGGGAGUCACACAGCCAGGUCAGGAUUGUUUUGUUUUUUUCAGUUGUUUUACAAUAUUGUCCAGAAUGUUUCAUAAACACUCAGGAAAAAUGUCUUGCGUAAAUAUAAAUGUACUUAGUAUAUGCAUUUAAUAGUUGACAAAUACCCAGAGCAGUUAGGAGGACACUUCCUUUUUUAGCCAGACUUGAGAUUUUAUUUUAGCUGUAUGACCAAUCAAUAAAUCAAAACUUAGAUUAUUGGGAUCCAAAUAAAUCCAAAAAUGAAAAUUCUCAUUAUUUACUUACUGUCAUAUUGUUCCAAUCCUCUAUGACUUUCUUCUUCAGUGCAUAAAAGAAGAUAUUUUGAAGAAUUUUGGUAACAAAAGUUUGCAUUCCCAUUGGAUUUUUUUUUGGUACAUACAAUGGAAAUCAAUGGGUACCAAAGCCAACGAUCUUUUAUGUUCAUACAGGUUUGGAAGGACAUGAGAGUGAGUAUAUGGCGAGACUAUCUCUAACAUCUGCCAGUCAGCAUUGUGUAUCAGCUGUAUGUUUUAAAUAGAACUUAAGUGACUCUAAAAACAGCAAAAUUAUGAUAAAAUCUGCGAUUGACUAAAAUCUAUAUCUCUGUAGGUGUAUUAUGUCAGAUUUAAAGUCAACAUGAAUUCAAAGUUUAGUCUAGUUAAUAUAGUAGUGGUCUUAUCAUGAAGAAGACCCUAGAAAAAGUGUGUGUGUGUUGUUUUUUGUUUUAUUUUUUGUUUUGUUUUGUUUUUAAAUGUUUUUAUUUCAGCUGAUGAAAAUAAUGUUAACCAAUGGCUAGAUAGUGAUUUUAUGUAUUGUUUAUUCUGACCCCAUUCUUUAACACCCACUUUUUACAAUCAAAAUCAGGUUUGGUCUUGGAAUGUCUUUUUUUUCCUUCUUGUUUAUGCCAUAUUAUUGAAGUAAAAUGAGCUGUCUAUACCAAUUCAUGUUGACUUUAAAUCUAGAUUGGUAGAGUCCUAGUCUUUGUUUUUGGGUAAAUCUUGCUACUUCAUUUCAUGGUUACAUGUUCACGUUGUUGGUUUUUUAGUUACAUUUCUAAUAAGCUCAUUUUAACCACUAAAUGAUUUUCUUCUGUCUUAAUGAAUUUUUGCCUAACUUUGUCAGUAGUCUGGCAUGUUUUAAGAUGUUUUAACCCUCUGGUGUUCUUUGUUUAGGAGUUUCACUCAUGGAGAACAAACACCUCAAAUGUUUUUUUUUUUUAAACCGUUAAAUCAAUGUAUUUAAUUUUGUUCAGUAUUUUUUUUCAUGUACUAUUUUGUAUUUUGAGGGAAUUGUAUGGUACUAGUUAAUAUUUAUGCAAUAAUCGAUCCACCCACCCAAUUCAAAUUAACACUUUUUUUUCCCCAGGUUAAAAUAGAGACAAGGCAUUUAAUUAUAGUAGAUGCUAUAUUGAUUUUAUUUCACACAUUUCCAGAAAUUUGCUGUUGCCGUCACACAAGUUCAUGUGUGAGUGAGUGAGAGAGAGAGUAGUAGUAGUAGUUUUGCACUUUUGAUGUUUUGAAGUUUAACCCCUUCAUUGCUGUGUCCUUUUUUCCUGCAUUGUAGCUGAACUGUUCACACAUUUGCAAAAACUUGCUCUGUUAUAGUUACAUAUAUUCACGUCAGUGUGUGUGUGUCUGUUUUGCACUCUUGACGUUUCUGAGUGACACCCCUUUAUUAUGUACUUUUUUUUUUCUGCAUCAAGGCUGAUUUGUAGAAUCUACAUCCAAAGACUUCUGUAUUUUUGCCUGUUACCUGUUCAUUUUGACCACAGUCAGUUUUGACCACGAAGGCCACAAGUGUGACUCCUUUUUUAGCCUUUUUAAAUCAUGCCCUCAAUUUUAUUUUGUAUUUACAGUACAUAGCAAGUCUCAUAAAGGUCACCAAGUUUCAUACCAUUCCGAUGAAGAUACAAUUCUUGAAAAUUCAAAACGUAAAAUUAUUAGGUCAGAAGUGACCAAAGAACACCAGAGGGCUAACAAUUACCAUUUUGUGAUCAGCGAGGCAGAUCAGCUCAGUACUGUACUUCUGUUCCCAACAAGGGAAACCAUGCAGUGAGAUCUUUCCCCUCUACUUUGCACCACUGAUUCAAAGUCUAGUAGCACAUGUUGUAAAUUGAGAUGAGAUCCGCAUAUUGUAAAAUGAAUGGUACUCUGGUUUUUGGGUAUGUGGCAGUUCCAACAGUCUCAGGGAUGCUGGUGGGCUAUAAUGGUUGAUGAGUCCGUCCACAGUACAAAGCCUAAGACAUUCGGCUUCUGUGAAUGCCUCAGCUGUGGACACCGUGACCGAAACAAUACCAUCAGAUUGUUAUUGUACCUCAUUAAGGUCAUAAGUCAGGAUUAGGUGUUUGAAAUGUUACUGAUUCUAAUUAAAGGGUAAAUCUUUGGGCGCAGGACUGCAUUAUGCAUGCGCGUUAUCAUUUAGGCAAUAAUUGAAUAUUUUUGGGUAAGCUAUUUUUAUUGAAAUAUCUUCAAAUGAGAAAAUAUUCAUGUUAUUUAUGAUGCUGCACAAAAUGUCCCAGCAAUAAUUAAGACCACUUUAAAUGCUGCUCAAUUGUAAUAGUGCCUGUAUCAUGCUCUUCAUAAACAAUAAAUAAUUCAAGAUGA